GUCCAAGGGACUCUCAAGAGUCUUCUCCAGCACAGUUUGAAAGUUUGAUUCUAGAGCAAGUGAAAAUGCUAAAUUACAUUCACAGCAGCCUCCAUGUUUGAAGCCCUGCUGCACAUUGAUGGCAGGGCACACAACCCUUCCAGGUGCAGAAUAAUUAGUAACCAUGUGGCCAGUGUGGCUGGCUGCUGUCCGAGGUUGGCCAAAAAAAAAUAUGAUGGGGCAACAGCGGAGUGUAAAAGUCGGUAAGGAAAAUGAUUUACAUUUUGUUUUAAAAAAAAAAAGUGAAAGACUAGAAAACAUCCCUGUGACAACUAAGCGUUAUGAGUCACUUUAGGGAAAAAAUCAGCCAGAAAACCCAUGGCUGAAAUGAGACAACUUGGGUUGCGUCCCGCCUCAUGGUCAAGAAUGUGGCUCCUGCAGUUGGAUCUCCUGGACCGGAUUCUUGGCUCUGCCUCUGGCCGGCUGCGUGAUCCCAGGCUGCUUUCGAGUCUCUCUGUGCCCGAAUUUCUCUCAUCUGAGAAGAGGCGUAAUAAUAGCAUCUGCUUCAUAGGUUUGUUGUGAAGAUGAGAUGAAUUGAUACGCUAAAAGCACAAGAACAGAGCUUGGCAGCAACACGUGGAGUCCCGCAGGAAUGCCACGCAUUCUUAUUUGGACGCUGAGCAAUGAUCCCCCCAGCUAGGUCCUUCUUUUUUCCCCCUCCGUGAAUCGGUAGGGUUUUCCUGAGCUGGUUUUCACUUUUGCUCUCCUGUUUCCCACCACGGCUCUAGGAGCGGCCCCGUGAUGGAUGCGUGUCUGAGCUCCGAGCAGCAGCCCCGGCCCCUGGACGAGGCUCCGAGCCCCCCGGAUGACGAGGCUCCGCACACAGAUGACACCAGCAGACCCCCAGGAGAUUCUAAUGAGAUAGAAGCAUCGCUUCGAAGCCUCCAGAAAUUUGUUCCUACAAAUUACGCCAGCUACACCCAGGAGUAUUAUCAGUUUGUGGGCAAGAAGAUUGUCAUUCAAGAAUCCAUCGAGAGUUAUGGAGCAGUGGUGUGGCCAGGGGCCAUGGUGUUGUGCCAGUAUUUGGAGGAACACACAGAGGAACUCAAUCUCCGAGGUGCUAAGAUACUGGAAAUCGGUGCUGGACCAGGCCUCGUUUCCAUUGUGGCCAGUAUUCUAGGGGCUCAAGUCACGGCAACAGAUCUGCCUGAUGUGCUGGGGAACCUACAAUACAAUCUCCUAAAGAACACGUUCAACUGUACCACGUAUCUGCCGGAAGUGAAGGAGCUGGUGUGGGGGGAGGGCCUGGAGCAGACCUUCCCCAAGUCCACGCUUUCCUACGAUUACGUGCUGGCCUCUGACGUGGUCUACCACCAUUACUUUCUGGACAAGCUGCUUGCCACCAUGGCAUACCUCUGCCAGCCAGGAACGGUGCUGCUCUGGGCCAACAAGUUCAGAUUCAGCACCGACUAUGAAUUUUUAGAUAAAUUCAAGCAAGUUUUUGACACGACACUCUUGGCUGAAUCUCAAGAGUCAUCGAUCAAACUCUUUAAAGGAAUACUAAAAUGGGACUGAACAAAACAAAAUGCCUUUCAAACCAUUAGUGUGUCUGCUGAACAGUGUUAGAAAUUUUAUAAGAUGGCGAAGGUAGUGCGUAGAAUCCACGUAUCUACCUAGAAUAAACCUGAUUAUUAUGGCAACUCUCUAAAAUAACCUAUUUAGGAUUAUCUGGUUAAUCUAGAUAUACACAGGAAUAGCAUGAAAACAUGAAAGUAGCUUUGUUGGCUUCCUAGAGUUCUCAGUUAAGUGUUUAAUAAAUUUUACACAAACACAUUAA